AUGAACCGCCGGAGAGCGAUCGAAAAACUGAAUCGGUGUAGGAGGAGAUCGAAGAAUGUUGAGAAUCAUAACAGAGAGCUCGUAAAAGAGCAGAGAAGGUGGGGAGAGAGUGGGUGGAGAAGGCUUAAACCUGCUUCAUUAUGCUUUGCUAAUGGAAAUCCUAGUGAUUGGCUUCUACCACUUGAAUGGGAAAUGCUUUCCUUUAUCAGAUCUUUGAAAAGCAUGGUUCGGUCUUCAAAUGCAGUUGCUGUUAUAACCUUUCCACCUUCCCUUGUUUCACCAUCCAUUGCAAAGAGAUGGCAGCAUUUGGCUGACACCUUACUAUCCGUCAGAGCAAUUCCAGAUGAGGACAAGGAGUUGGCAAACCUUCUCACUGGUUAUCAGGACAUGGUUGGCCUUCUCAAUGUGCACAACGUGGCCCGUCUUAACACCCAGUUGGUUGAUUCAAACUUAUCCACAGGUUCCAGUUAUUUUGGAGGCAACAACAUUCUCAAUGAAGCUGAAAAAGCUGAGGUCAUUGGUUUUAGAAUGUCUAAAUCAAGCCCCCAUAGAUGGUUCAAGUGGGAGUUCUUAUGGCACGUCUGCUUUGACAAGUUGAAUAGCAGCUCCAUUGGAGAUGCUCUAAUAUUGUUUGGAUCGCGGGAUGAGAAAAAGAAAAUGAAUGAUAGUUGUCUUUCGUCUAAAUGA